GAUCGGUUUAUUCCGCUCAGAAGUUCUUUGAGCGAAGCUUAGUAUCGUCGCCUAUCUUUAACGAUCAUUCGUUCGUCCCGACUGGGAUCUUCUCUCUUCGGAGAUUGAGCGAAUAAUUCCAUUUGUGUGCUGACGCUUUCCUGCGAGCUGACGUCUUGCAGCAAUUGCUAAUUUCAGGAGUUUAUUAGAAGAGAAUUUCAACAUACGAAAAUAUUUUGCUUGAUUCAAGCUGGAGUUGUGGUUGGUGAGAAUGAUGGUUAUGUACAGUCUUGUAGAAAAUGAAUGCAUUGAUACAUGCAAGAACUAGCAGCUGUUACUUUCUCCUUACAACUGUGUUCAGAGAAAUGUUGCAUGAAAGGUUCUAUUCCAGCAAGAAAUUUCCGACCUGUAUUGAACCGUAUGGCAUCUAGACGAAAUAUCCGUUACAGCCAUCUACCUGUUGAUGAAAACGACGACUAUGGUGACCAGAAUAGACACGAUCCCAGAUUUGAUUAUUCACCCAGAACCUACAACAGAAUUCCUUGGAAAUCAAUAUUUCUAGCACUGUUUCUGCUCCUCCUCGGAUGCCUUCUUCUCUUGCUUUCCAUUUUCAUCUUCACUGGCCACAUGCAAGGGGAGCUCUCUCAAGCAUACAGCCUAUUGGGACUCGGAUUUCUUGCUUUCAUGCCAGGCUUCUAUGAAACGCGGAUCGCCUACUAUUCUUGGCGGGGUACCGAAGGAUACAACUUUGCUUCAAUUCCCGACUACUGAAAUCUACGUAUGUUUCAACAUUGCUAUUUAGUUUUAGUUUAGUUCCUUCUUUGUUCCUCGGGCUCUCAUCCUUAGCAGCGGCAAGUUAUUCAAUCAAAUCGAACCAAGUAUUUUUGUACAUUCCAAAAGCAGAAGCAUCAUUUGAAAUCUGAGUGUCAUGUCUUUCGAUCGGCCAUGGAGACUAUUGGAGAGUAUAAAAGCUUAUUUUUUUGUCAUAUAUCAUGAGGUUGAUUGUGUUGUACUAAGUUUUUAUGUGAAUUUUGAGAAUCCGCAAUUGUUAUUUUUUUUUUAGAUGUUUACAAGAGAAGAGGAUAUCGACGGAUUUUGGACUCAAAUUUAUUUCCUUCCAUAUAUAUAGUGGGUUUUUUUUUUUUUGGAUGAAGUGGGAAUCCGCAUUCGCUAUCCGAAAGUGUGCACUGGAUAAACUCCCGGUCGAACCUAAUAUCCUGUAAACCAGGCCCGACGGAAAAGUCACGUUAAACGAACCAUGUGUAAACUAUGUUGUCUUUUUCACAGUGGUUGAUGUGUAUACAAUUUGAUUGAUGGAAUUCAAAAUUUCCAUGUUCUAUAUGCUUUUU